UCCUCCGUGUACUCCGGUUUCCUCCCCCAGUCCAAAGACAUGCAUGGUAUAACUAUGACAAUAUUCCUAUAUUUCUGCAUUCUGCUCCAUUUCAUCUGUUCUUCUGCCACCGACAACAAUAAGCAACUUUUUGACAAAAAUGACAAAGUAAUUCCUGAAACAUUGAGAGAUACAACCACAGAGGUCUUGUUUUCUGACAGUCAGAUUUCUGUCAUACCAAAAGGAGCAUUUUCCAAAAACCCUCAGCUGAAGAAAAUAAAUUUUCUACAGACACUUACGUCUUCUAUAGAAGAAGGUGCAUUUGAAGGUUUAGAUAAUCUGGAUACCAUUGAAAUUUCAGGUACCAAUGUGUCAUCUCUACCUGUUGGUGUUUUUAAAAAUCUGACCAACCUUCAGAAAUUGAUUAUGAAAUCGAACAAAAUUCAGAAGCUGGAAAAUGGACUGUUUCGUGAUACCAAGAACCUCGCAACACUCCGGUUGCAGGAUAACCAGAUUUCAACAAUUGAAGAGGGAACAUUCGAUUACUCUGUGAAACUCUCAGAGCUUAAUCUUGCAAAAAACAAUCUUACUUCCAUCUCGUCAACCCUUUUUUCAAAGCUCAAUAAACUGAGAAUAUUUAGGUUGUAUGAGAACCAACUGACAACAAUGCCUGAUGGAAUUUUUAAUAAUUUACCAAAUCUGAAGGAAAUCUCCAUACAUACCAACAGAAUUACACACAUACAACCAAAUUUGUUUCCACAUAAAAAAACACUGACAACACUAUCAUUAGACAACAAUCUCUUGACUGACCUAUCACCUGAUCUAUUUUGGGGUUUCUCUUCACUUAAAACAUUAACACUGAAUCACAAUCAGCUCACCGCUCUCGAUCCUCUUCUUUUCACAGAAACACUUAAAAUGAAUGAUUUAUUUCUAAACAACAACAAUAUUACAUCCUUACCUGCUGAGAUUUUUCAGUCACUGAAGCAGCUUAAGAAAUUAGACCUGUCCUCGAACCAGCUUUCAGAGCUUUCAAAUUUAUUUGAUGGACUUGAGAAACUUACGGAGCUCAAUCUUCAGAAUAAUCUCAUUGAAUCACUGAAGCCUGAAGACUUUGCAAAUCUACAAUCUCUUUCUUCCCUUAAACUGGAUAACAAUAAGCUAAGAUUCAUUCCAAAAGACGUCCUUGGUUCUCUGCCAAAAUUGAAGAAGAUAUAUUUGAACAACAACACAUGGCACUGUGACUGUAAACUGCUGCCCAUGUUCAAGUGGAUGACUGAAAAUACGGAAAAGAUAAAGUCUUCUUCUAAUGAGGUUUGCGAGUACCCAGAGGAUUUGAAAGGCCAACGAAUCACCUCCUUAAAUGAAGCCCAACUGAUAUGUCCCACAACAAUUGUUCCAACAACUCUGUUACCAACCACAAUUACCUUAUUAUAAUAACUACCACAUUUGUAGCCAAUACAAUUACAGAAACAUAAGGUUUACAAGGUGGUGAAUUGGCCUCCAAAUUCCACAGAUCUUAAUUUGAUCAAGUAUCUCUGGGAUGUGCAAGAUCAGACAGACAAGUCCGAUUCACAGAUCCAUGCGUCUUGGCACCAGAUACAACAACACACCUUCAGAGAUCUUGUAGAGACCAUGCCUUGAUGGGUCACAACUAUGUUGGCAACACAAAGGACACCUACAGACAGAUGGUUUUGAUGUUAUGGAUAACUUGUGCAUAUCUCAUUUAAAAGAAACCUCAUGUAGUUACAUUACCUACUUAUAUUCUACAGUAUAUGCUUCAAAAUACAUAAAAAUUGUGUAUAGGUUUUGUGGACGCUAAUACAUGUAGUAUGCUUAGUUUUGUGAAAUGGAUUAAACUAACAUGAUGAAUUCUUAUCAACA